GUGGAAACAGUUUGUUUGGAUACAAAGCGAUAUUAUAAUCGGCUGGGCUCUGAUAUUCGCUGUUAUUGUUUAUAAAAUCGAAAAUUUUAUAAAUAUUCAAUAAAAACAAAUUUUAUAACACCGAAAAAUGAGAUGUGCGGUUCGAAAUUGUGGGAGUGACAACGGAGGCAAAACCUCGGAUUGCAGUUUUUUCAUAUUCCCUACUGAUGAGGCGCUCGCUCAAAAGUGGAAACAAUUUUGUCGUCAACCUAAGGAUAUCGACAUAACGACUUCCUAUAUCUGUAUGUACCACUUUAUAAGGGAAGACUUUGAAAACGGCCUAAAGUAUGAAAUGGGUUUCAGCAAGAAACUUUAUCUAAAACGAGACGCUGUGCCAACUAUUUAUGACCGAAAUUUACAUACCCCAAAACGUCAACGCCUUGAGCAGCGAGCACUUACAAACAUAGUAAAGGAAGAAGAACUACUUCAGGAGCAGGAUGAAUUAAGCAUAACGUCUCAGGAUACCACUCCGUACGAAGAUGGAUCAUCGUUAGAGGGUACAGUAAUGUAUGAAUAUGAAACGCUGUUCGAAAACCCAGCUGUACUUGGAGGCACAGAUCCAUUCCAAGAGGUGAUGAUUAAUGUGGAACCAGCGAAUUGUUUGAAAACAGAAUUAGAAAACCUACAUCGAGAAAACUUAAAACUGCGUGAGGAAAAUCGCAAAUAUCGCAGAUUAUUUACCGCACUGGAACGUGAUUAUAAAAAACAGGCAGAAGAGUAUACAACCAAUUUAAAAGUCCUAGAAGAUAGAGCAUUGAAAGCGGAAAAUCAGUGCAAAAAUAUGGAAAGUAGACUGAAAAAGAUACUGAAAAAGCCAGAUUGACAAGCUUAAAUACGGUCUACAUAUCUAGAUAUAUUAUAUAAGUAUAUACAUAUAUACACAAUUUACAAUAUGCUGCGUUGUAAAGAUUUGCCACGUCCCAUGAAGGAGGGUGUACUUUAUAAAAACUGUAAUGUUUUACUAAAAAAUAAACAUUUUAACAUUCAAGCCGAUCUUCAAUAAAA